UAAUUAUAUCUUGUUAUGAAAAUUACCCCAGCGAAUACGGGAGUAUAAAUGAGCAAGGAGCUGUCUAAUCGUAACGUUAACUAGUGCAUCGCGAGCCGUUUGAGGGUCAUCUCUGAAUAAUGUUGAACGCGUGACCAGGACUUUGUUAUCGUCAACGGCCUUCCUCAGCUGAAGUUCAAUCCUAGUGAGUUGAACUUGGCUUCACGCUUUCUAUUGUCAUUGACGAGCCGGACCGAAAUAUCAAAGUAUACACUUCACACGCACAACGCUUCUGUUGAAUACUUCGGUUAAGUGGUUAGAAAGGCAAUUACUCAACUUUUGGGACAUCGUAAAAGAUCCACAAAUAAUCCUUUCAAAGACGGAACAAACCCUGGCGAAGAUGGAAAAUAACACCACAUCCCUAAAUUCUACUGAACCGCCGACAUCUAUAUCUGAAACGAAAAUGAUUCUCUCCGCAAUUUUCAUCUGCAUUGUUAUGUUGGUAACAAUCAUUGGCAACUCUCUAGUCAUUCUUUGCGUCUUCUAUUAUCCUCGUCUGCGAGGUCGCACCAACUACCUGAUCGUUUCUUUGGCUGUUGCUGAUUGGCUGGUCGGAACCUUGUCGCUUCCAUUCAAACUCGCGCAGACGGUGGAUGACUAUUGGGAAUUUGGGGAAACUUGUUGUCAAUUCUGGAUUUGGGUGGACAUGUUGUGCUCGGCUGCCUCGAUUCUAAGUCUUAUGGCGAUCUCCUUCGACCGUCUGAUCGCGGUUGUGGAACCUUUGAAGUACGAAGAGCGCAUGCGUCCGCGUCACGUGUACGCGAUGAUCGCCUUCAUAUGGUGCUUUGCGCUUAUCUGCGCGAGUUUGAGCUUAACAAAGUGGAAGGGAGUAAACGUCGUUAUACCAGAACCUAGAUGUUCCUUGAAGUCAAAGGAAUACAUAACGUUCGUUUCCAUAGCAGCGUUCUUCGUUCCCCUUGCAGUUGUGCUGGUCAACUAUGGGAUCAUCUUUCGUAUAGCGAUGCAUCACGCAUAUCGACUCCAAAGGGAGACGCGUUCGUUGGCGACAAACUAUCGGAACGAAUCGACAGACGCCAACCACAAUCCGGACACAGCAGCAAACGGCUGCCGUGAGAAUAAACGAUCGAUAUUUUCCUUUCGAAAAGCCCCCCAGAAAUCGAGCGAGCGUUCCCCGACACUCUCAUUGAUAAAGCAACUGAAGGCCACCAAAACCCUUGCCAUAGUUAUCGGAGUUUUCGCGAUAUGCUGGUCACCGUUUUUCGUCAUAUUCUUGCUGUUUCAGUACAAAGAAGAGGCCUUUCUACCUCCACAGAUGAGCCAUAGGUCUCGUGAGAUCCUCAUAAUCAUCUUCGUAGAAGUUCUUCCGGUAGCGAACAGCGCGGCGAACCCGCUAAUCUACUCGUGUUUUAACGUUGAGUUCCGCAAAGCCUUCAAACGCAUCAUCGCGAAAAUUUUAAAGAGGAAGAAAUCUUGGGACAACGCAGACACGUCAUUCACUGCUGUGCCGACCAGCAACUUUCAGAGAGAACUUGACUGCUCAAGUACAUGAUGCCAGCGAAUUGACCGUAUACACACAUAUAUCCUCUGCGAGUAUAAAGUUUCGUGAGCUACUUCUCGAGGAGAGAACGUCUUGGUUCGACAUACAACAGCUUAAUUGUAUAGCAUUAAUAGAUAUCGAUCAUCUAAAACACUCUUCAAGACUUCAGGCAUCAAUAAUCUUAGACACUGCACAUUUUAGGUAACUUUACUUAGGCACAGUUUACGCAAAUACAUCAUAUUUCUGUGAUCACAGACACAAAUGGUAUGUUCAAAAAGUCCCAAAGUAUUUGGUAAAAAAUUUAGGGGAACUAAAACUGUGGUUUUAAUCGCUGCAAAUCAAUGAACAACUCUGGAUUUACACUCGAAAUGUAAAUGUUCAACUGUGAAUGCAGGUCUGGAACUUUGACAGUGCAAACCAAACCUUAGCUUAGCAGUUUCUGCAUGUAGUGAUGAAGACGGACAAAAGGGCACUUAGCUAGAAUAUAACAAAAGCUGGGGACAACAACAAGAUAAAUAGAUGACUAGAAAUAAUCACGAUGUAUUUCUGUCACGAUUUCACCAAAAACAUCCGUGAAAGAACUAGCUGCAACCUCCUAGAUUCUGCUUUGCAAGUUAUAACUAUUGAUGUAGAAUUGUUACAGAAUGUUUAUGACAAUGUUUAUGUGUAUUGU